AUGGCGACAAACUCCUUUCUUCUGGGCCUGUUGGCGGGCAUCCUCCUUCUGUCAUCUAUGAACGUUGCGCAUGCAGACCUGGUCAUCACCGAUGUGUUCACAGUUCAAACAGGGGGGGAUAGCACCGGCGGCUGCGACGCCCGUCUGGAUCCCUUGUUGGACGACUGGCUCACUGAAUCACUUUUCAGUCUCACUGCCGCUAUAGAUGCGGUGGACGCCUAUGAUCGACGGUUUGAAGUCCGCUACGCCAUGCUGGCAUUCUUUUCAUUCGAAAUUCAGGACACAAUUGGCACCCAACAGGAAAACCCAACCAGGUAUCGUACCUGGGAGAAAAUCAGACAGAAUAUGGCCGAGGUCAAGAAUCUUUUAGAACACGACACAGUUCUUCCGGGCGGCGGUGAUUUCAAGUUCCCCAAAGAAAGGUUCUGGCUCCAUUGCCAUAGUACCUUCCUGACGGAGCAGUCAAGUACGAGUCCAGCACUGGAUUAUGAGGGCAAAGAGAUAAAGAAGGACGACAAAACCAUCACCAUCCAAGAGUUGGACGCUUACGAAAAAGCAAUCGAUAAGGAGCCAAAUGCCAAACCGUGGUGGUCCGGCGUGAACACGGACCAGAACGGCUACUACUUCUCAGAGGAUGGCCGCAACUACUGCCAGGGCGAUAACCUCGGCACUACCGCGUCAAUCAAGCUACUUAAAACCGAGGGCGGCCAAGCUGUGACCAAACCUGAGAUAGCCUCCAUCAUCCUCUGUCCGUACGCCUUCGACAAUACCAGGAACCCAGACAACUAUCGCGAUGCAAACGCCAAGCUGAAAAAGGACGUACGUCUGGAAGAUGUCUUGCCCAAGAGUACAACCCUUGUCCACGAGGCCUUCCACGCCGUCCAUGGGGACAAGUUCCUUGCGGGCAGCGAUGAGAAAUGUGCGUAG